UACACAACUCCCGAUGGAUGACACUUGUUCAGUAACGUGCACAGCGCAGUUAGUGGAUAGCAUUCGCAGGCGUCGCAUUUAUUAUUUCCAAACUUCUGUUAUAAGAAUUUCUCUGGAUAUUGAUGAACAAAAUUGGGUAUUUUCCAUUUCGACAUUUCUCUUAAUUAUCUUUUUUCAAAUAGAGAAAUUUCAAACGUUUGAAAGUUUACCAGGUAUCCUUUAUAUUUUUAAUUAACAAGUGUUUUGAAGUUUCAAUAAGACGAUUGAAAUUAACGAAUCAUUUCACAGGUAAACAAUUUUACUUCUAAAACGACGAGGUACUCGUAAGAAGCGAGCAAGAAUGUCCUUCGUUUAAAAGGUAAAAGCCACUCCCUUUGGUAAUUAACUUCUUUCCUAGCUCGUGUAAAAAUACACGAUUGUAUAAAGAAGACGUAUCCAUCACUUUUUUUCUUCGCGGACAUUCUUUACGUCCUCGAGACGACAACAACAAGACGAAGAGGAAUUGUACAGAGCGUGGUAAUAGCAAUGGCAGAAGACUAAGUACUUGGUGCAAAUUCCGUAAUUAAUCGGAUUGAAAGAUGAAUCUAGUUUAUUUACCACUCAAUCGAUAGCCGAGAGACUUAAAAAUGAAUUCAUCGUAUCUUUGGGGAGAGGACGAAGAAUGGGGAGGACGAUAUUACUUCGCGUAUUACAGCCAGUUUGGUAAUCGUAAAGGAAUCAGCACCGUCGAGGUGGUGAUAUUGGCUAUUAGCUUCGUCUUGGCUGUUGGCGGCAACUUAGGAAUGGCUGGAUGUAUAAUCGGUUAUAAGGAAUUGCGAACACCCACGAACAUGUGCCUAGUAAACUUAGCCACGGCAGAUCUUUUGUUCAGUCUUGGUGUGCCAGCGAUUGCUUACACUAGGUUUACACAAUCCUGGCGUCUUGGAGAAACGAUAUGCAGAUUAUUACCUUAUACUCAGUUUGUCUGCGGUUUCGUCCUCCUAUGGACAUUGACGUUCAUCUCGAUGGACAGGCAUCGAUGCUUGGCAGUAGCACCAUACAGAAGUGCCUUAACAAAAGUCAAGGUUCUAACCGUCAGUCUUAUCACUUGGAUAAUCGCGGUUGUCGCUUUUUUACCAAUCGUAUUUUGGUUUCAACAAAAGGAUCUUAAGAAUGGUUCAACGAUAUGCACUUUAAUUUUCCCACGAAGCGAAAUCGCGAACGUUUCAUUAUGCUACACUAUACCGAUCAUCAUCUUGGCCUGUUUUCUACCUAUGAUUCUUCUGGUUUAUCACUAUCAACGUAUCUUUAAAAAAAUAUUUGAUUCGCGAAGCAGAUGGGCUGUUCCGUGUGUUGCGCAAGGGUUGGAGAGCGGCGCAACAGGUAGAAGAGAUUCCGAAUUGUCGGUGGUAGGAACUUUAUUACCUUGGACGGGAAGGAAACAGUCGUGUACAUCGAUAACGGGUCGAAAAGGGCGUACUGGUAGCCUUUCUCAGCACGAAGAAAUACGAUUGCACAAACAUCUUCGAGUGGUGCGGAUAUUAUUACUGAACGUGGUGGCCGUACUCAUAAUGUGGCUUCCAAUCACUAUCGUAAUGCUAUUGAUUUAUAUGGACGGCAAGAGACCCAACGGAGACACCAAUUUUUUCUUGAGAUCUCAUCAUUUCGUUUGGACCCUCACCGCUGCUCAAUUGAAUACCAUAGUCAACCCACUUCUUUACGGGGUUUUCUCUGAAAAUUUUCGAGUCUAUUUUGCGAAACUGUGGAAACGCAAGAUCGAUAACAAUUCUAAAAGCGUAGAACAGCUGGCACCCAAAAAGAGUUCGAAAUCGUUAGAAAUAUUUCAGACUCGAACAGGGGAAAUUAGGACUCCUCAUAAAUUAAAAAGUUCAAAUAAACGUUUGCAAAAGAAUUCUAGUUGUAGCAUAGGUAGCAUCGUUGAAGUACCUAAUUCAGAAAAACUGUAAUAUAAAAUUGUUAGGUAAACACAAGUAGACAAA